CUACUCCCUCCCCUUGUGAUUUUCUUUGCAGCUCUAGACACCUAGCUCUAGUAGCAGCUGCAGCUCACCUUUUGGCUCUCUGUGCUGAAGAUUUCACAUCCUCUAUUGCUUCUUUGAGAGCACCAGCAUCUGUGGAUCUUGGUCAUCUGGCAGGAAUGAUGCCUCAGCCUUGAGGCACUGCUGGUCUCCCACGCAUCUUGUUGCCUCUCCUUUGGCCCCUGCAACUUCUGGAAGAGAAAGGAAACAGGAUUAGAAGCUGCUGGUGGGGCAGAGAGUGGUGGUGCUGUUCCUUAACCUCCAGGAGGAUGCCUGAGUGUGGCCUUGCCACAGCGACAGCUUCCACUUAUUCUAGAUAAGACGGGCAAGAGCAUCAGCUGCAGCCCCAGUACAGAAAGAUCCUCCAGUAAGCCCUGACAACAAACAGCACCUUCCCUUCAACCACUCAUAUCUUCAUAGGAGGAGAAAAGCCUGCUUCAAUGAUGUCAACAGAAUGUGUUCAGCCACUUGAUAUUCCAGAUGACAGACUGGACAAGCAAGAUUCACAGUGUAACCAUUUAGAAGAUCUUUCAGAGCAGCUGAUUAAGAGCUGUGACCUCAAAAAUAAAUCAAGAAAAGGUAAAACUCUCACAGCCUCCCAGAAGACUGAACAGGAGCAAAAGAAGCCAAAGAGGAAAGAUACACCGGCUUUGCACGCUCCACCAUCUCUAACAGGCAUAGUGUCAGACUCGUCUGAAAAUCUGCUGAAAAGGUAUGGUAUCGCAGAGAAGUCACAGAGAGAGAGAGUGACUCCAGUCUCUCAUAUCACUGAACUGGAGCAGAAAAAGCCCAGAAGAAAAGAUACACCUGCAAUACACAUCCCACCUUUGAUAAUAGGCACUAAGCUGUUUACAGAAGAACAAACAAUGAUUAUGGAAGAUGAAGAAAAGGAUGGAGAUACAAUCCACAGUUAGAUUACAGUAAUAUUUCAAUAAUACAGUGUAAAUAAUCACGGGUCAUUCAAAGUGGCAGCACAUUAAAAAAGAUCUUUCACCUUUAUAAAUAAUUUUCUUGAAUUUAACUUGAAUUUAAACUACCAUCAAGUGCUUAUCUGCUUAUUUGCAUCUCAUAAUUCCAAACAAGCAUAUUGGACAUGAAUGGCAGACAUUUCAGUUACCCAGGGUUUGAAAAAUUCUGUCAGGUUACUACAAAUGGCUUCCUAGCAUUUUUGUCAAUGAGGAAUCCACCUCAGAUCAAAUCUAGUUUUAUGCAAGUACUCAUACAGUACUUGGCACUAGAAGUAGUAAUGCAGAGUAGUAAAACAUCAGCUAGUGUUUCAAAUUGCUUUUUCCCCCUGACACUUGACCUCAUUUGUCCAGCUUUCCUUUCCUGAAUAGCAGUGACCACAAUGAAAAUUCUUGGGUGCAGAGCUGAUGGGGUAGACGGAGAAGGUGAGAGGGCCAGGAUUCAAUUCUAGAGUCACUGAAAUGCAUAGCAAAAAUUUCCUCUGCCUGUAUUUGCUCAUGCCUUGUGUCUGUAAGGAGGAAAAGAUAAAUUUACUGUAGAAUUAAAAUUACACCUAAGGGCUCUCAGCAUUGACAGAUGCCUCAAAUAGGAUGGAGGGCAGAGAUCUCAGAGAAGUGCAGUGCCUGCCUGUUACACCAGUGUAGGUAAUUGUCUCCACUGGCUUGGUGAAAGAUAAAAUUGUUGGAUAGAUGAUCCUUUUGCUCCAAAUAAUUUAUUUUCACAUCCUAGGUAAUAAGUUAGAAGAGGUUGUAAAGACUCUAAAUCACAGCAGGAAGGUAAAAACUGAGGAAUAAUGUUACUCAAUGGCAUAUGCUUACUGCAAGGUAGAAGAGCAUCAUGUCACUUUUAAAAUAGUUUACCUCAAUGAUUCAAACAAGAAUUGUUUUCACAGCCAGGUACAACCUUCAGUAUUUGUAGAGAGAUGGGUAUUGGUAGAAUAUUUUACCCAAAAAAAGACAGAACUGGACACUGUGUUCUUCCUUAAUAACUCUAGAAUAGAUUGAGUAGCACUGCCAGCUGCACCCUUAGGGAACUAAGCAGAGAGGUUGAAGACUAUCUAGCUUGGCAGACUGAAUUUAGUCAUAUUUUUAAGUCACUUAUACAGACAGCUGAAGACCAUACUAGUUUGGAUGCCAUUUGCCACUGUGACUGACCCAACAUAUUUCAUGAGAAUGCAGUCCAUUCUCAAAUACAUGUGAAUGUAUACUCUCAAGAUGUAAUCAAUGAGCUUAAAAUAAAUAACUGCAUAUUAAAUUGCACAAGAGGUCCACUAUAUGAUUAACGGCA